GGCUAGGCUGUGCGGCUUGCGGGGGGGAGAGUAACGUCGGGCCGGGUCAGCGGGCGCUGCAGUAGUCGCCGCAGCGGCUAUGGGAGCGGUGGGGACGAGGCGGCGGCGGCGGCGGCAGGAGGAGGUGCAGGGGCUGGCACGAGAGCAGCGGCCCGGGGAGGCCCGCAGCAACACCCGCAGCCGCCGCCGCCGCCUUUAGACGCGGACGGCACCCGAGGGGACCGCCGGCCGUCUAAGCCGCGCUCGGGUCCCGCCGCAGUGGGCGGCGGGGGAUGGGCAGGCGGCGGCGGGCCAGCCUGCUGAGCGGUGACUCCUGCCGGUGCGAGCCCUGAGCUGGACCCCAGCCCUCCGCCGGAGAUCCUGCGUCCGCCGCGGCCCAGAAUUGUAAAACCAGUAAGAUCAAGUGCCUAUUGAAAGAGACUCACUCUUGGCUAAGAAGAGAAGUAGGAAAUAGAUUAAAUGGAAACCACCCUUGGGAGCUAGAUGCCUGUGUAGCUGUUAUACCACAUCAGUGUUUUGCAAUGAGUGGGGGAGGAGAGCAGCCAGACAUCCUCAGUGUUGGAAUCUUGGUCAAAGAACGAUGGAAAGUGUUAAGAAAGAUUGGGGGUGGGGGCUUUGGAGAAAUUUACGAUGCCUUGGACAUGCUCACCAGGGAAAAUGUGGCACUGAAGGUGGAGUCAGCUCAGCAGCCAAAGCAAGUCCUGAAGAUGGAGGUUGCCGUGUUAAAGAAACUGCAAGGGAAAGACCAUGUUUGUAGAUUUAUUGGCUGUGGGAGAAAUGAUCGUUUCAACUAUGUGGUCAUGCAGUUGCAGGGUCGGAAUCUGGCAGAUCUUCGACGUAGCCAGUCCCGGGGCACAUUCACCAUCAGCACUACUCUUCGGCUUGGGAAACAGAUUCUGGAGUCUAUUGAAAGCAUCCAUUCUGUGGGAUUCCUCCACAGAGACAUCAAACCGUCAAACUUCGCAAUGGGACGCUUUCCCAGUACAUGUAGGAAAUGUUUCAUGCUUGAUUUUGGCUUGGCCCGACAAUUUACCAAUUCCUGUGGUGAUGUCAGACCACCUCGUGCUGUGGCAGGCUUUCGAGGGACAGUUCGUUAUGCAUCAGUCAAUGCUCAUCGGAACAGGGAAAUGGGAAGGCAUGAUGACCUUUGGUCUCUAUUCUACAUGUUGGUAGAGUUUGUGGUUGGCCAGCUGCCUUGGAGAAAAAUAAAGGACAAGGAGCAAGUAGGUUCCAUUAAGGAGAGGUAUGACCAUCGGCUCAUGCUGAAGCACCUCCCUCCCGAAUUCAGCACCUUUCUUGAUCAUAUUUCUUCUUUGGAUUAUUUUACAAAACCGGACUACCAGCUUCUUACUUCCGUGUUUGACACUAGCAUCAAGACCUUUGGAGUAAUUGAGAGUGACCCUUUUGACUGGGAGAAGAGUGGAACUGAUGGCUCCCUAACUACCACCACCACCUCUGCCACCCCUCAGUUGCACACCCGCUUGACCCCUGCUGCAAUUGGAAUUGCAAAUGCCACCCCCAUCCCCGGAGACUUGCUCCGAGAAAAUACAGAUGAGGUGUUUCCAGAUGAACAGCUUAGUGAUGGGGAGAACGGUGUCCCUGCUGCUGGGUCCCCAGAUAAACUGCCUGGGUCUCUGGGGCACACUCGCCCUCAGGAAAGGGACGUCUGGGAAGAGAUGGAUAUCAACAAGAACAAGAUAAAGCUUGGAAUUUGUAAGGCUGCUACUGAAGAAGAAAAUAGCCAUGGUCAAGUAAAUGGUAUUCUCAAUGCUCCAAGCCUUGGUUCGCCAGUUCGUGUCCGAUCAGAGAUUACGCAGCCAGAUAGGGAUGUCCCGUUAGUAAGAAAACUACGUUCCAUUCACAGCUUUGAGCUAGAAAAGCGUCUGACACUGGAGCCAAAGCCAGAUACCGACAAAUUUCUUGAGACCUGCAUGGAGAAAAUGCAGAAAGAAUCCAGUGCAGGAAAGGAGUCUGUUCUCCCUGCUCUGCCUCAGAAGCCUUGCGUUCCUGUUGUGUCCCGCACUGACCACGUCUGGCACUAUGAUGAAGAAUACCUUCCUGAUGCCUCCAAACCUGCCUCUGCUAACACACCAGAGCAAGCAGAUGGUGGUGGCAGCAAUGGAUUUAUAGCUGUUAAUUUAAGCUCUUGCAAGCAGGAGGUUGAUUCCAAAGAAUGGGUGAUUGUGGACAAGGAGCAAGACCUUCAGGACUUUAGGACAAAUGAGGUGUUAGGCCAUAAAACAACUGGAAGCCCUUCAGACGAGGAGCCUGAAGUGCUUCAGGUCCUUGAAGGGUCUCCUCAAGAUGAAAAGAUCCAAGUAGGUCCUUGGACUGACAACCGUCACUUAAAGGAAAGCUCAGGUGUGGUCUUAGCACUUUCUGCAGAAGGUCCUGCCACUGCUGCUUCAGAACAGUACACAGAUAGGCUAGACCUCCAGGCUGGAGCUGCUAGUCAGUUCAUCACAGUUACUCCCACAAGUCCAAUGGAGGCACAAGCAGAAGGACCCCUGACUGCGAUUACAAUUCCUAGACCUUCUGUGGCAUCAACACAGUCAACUUCAGGAAGCUUUCACUGUGGUCUACAACCAGAAAAGAAAGACCUUCAGCCCUUGGAACCCACUGUGGAACUUUAUUCUCCAAGGGAAAACUUCUCAUGCUUGGUUGUAACAGAAGGCGAACUUCCUAGUGGAGGAAGCAGAAUGGAUUUGGGACUCCAGAUAGAUCAUGUUAGCCAUGACUUAUUACCCAAUGUCAGAGACGGCGAUACAUCUCAGGACUUGGGACCAAAAGACCUUCCUGACCAUAAUAGACUAGUUGUGAAAGAAUUUGAAAAUCUCCCAGGAGAAACAGAGGAAAAAAGCAUUCUUCUGGGCUCAGAUAAUGAAGAUGAGAAGUUAGUUAAAGGACAGCAUUGCGUUGAAAUUUCUCUCCCAGGAGAGUUUGUGACUGCAGAAAGGGAUCAGUCAGCUACCACAGAACCUCUUGAUGUAUCAAAGACACAGAAUUUUAGUGUGGUGCCAAAUCAGGACAAAAACCAUGAGAUAAUGAAGCUUUUGGCAGUUGGAACUUCAGAAAUUUCUCAACAAGUCAUUGACCCACAUGCUGAAGGGCAGAUGGGCCAGGUGGCAGCAAUGCAAAACAAUAAGCUAUUUAAGGGUGCUGACAUUAGGAGUGAAGAUGUGCCCGGACAUCAGGGGGACCUCUCUACUUUUUUACACCAAGAGGGAAAGAGAGAUAAAGUUGUUCCUAGGAAUGGAGAGCUGUAUCAUUGUGUCUCAGAGAGUCAUGGUCCUCCCACCCGCAAGGACAUGCUUCGGGCAUCCUUUGUAACCAGGCACAGCCGGAUUCCUGUUUUAGCACAAGAAAUAGACUCAGCUUUUGAAUCAUCCUCUGCAGUCUCUGCAAAAGAAAAGCUUCUACAGAAGAAAGCCUACCAGCCAGAACUUGUCAAACUUCUGGUGGAAAAAAGGCAGUUCAAGUCUUUCUUGGGGGACCUUUCAAGUGCCUCUGAGAAGCUGCUAGAGGAGAAAUUAGCUGCUGCUCCUGUUCCCUUUUCUGAGGAGGAAGUCUUCACUCCCUUUUCCCGUCUGGCCGUAGAUUCCCACAUGAGUAGAUCAGCUGAAGAUGGCUUUCUGUCACCCAUCCUCUCCCAGUCUAGAAAGAGCAAGAUUCCAAGGCCAGUUUCCUGGGUCAGCACGGAUCAAGUUAACAGCUCAGCUUCACCUCAGUUCUUGCCUAGGCCGCCACCAGGAAAGCCACCAAUCAGGCCUGGAGUAGAAGCCAGGUUACGCAGAUACAAAGUUCUAGGGAGUAGUAACUCUGACUCAGACCUUUUCUCUCGCCUGGCCCAAAUUCUUCAAAAUGGAUCUCAGAAACCCCGGAGUACUCCUCAAUCCAAGAGCCCAGGAUCUCCUCACAAUCCAAAAACACCACCCAAGAGUCCAGUUGUACCUCGCAGGAGUCCCAGUGCCUCUCCUCGAAGUUCAUCCUUGCCUCGAACAUCUAGUUCCUCACCGUCUAGGGCUGGACGACCCCACCAUGACCAGAGGAGUUCGUCCCCACAUCUGGGGAGAAGCAAGUCACCCCCCAGCCACUCAGGAUCAUCAUCCUCCAGGAGGUCCUGUCAACAAGAGCACUGCAAACCCAGCAAGAAUGGCUCAAAAGGAUCUGGCAGCCUCCACCACCACUCAGCCAGCUCUAAAACUCCCCCAGGGAAGAGUAAGCCAGCCAGUAAACUCAGCAGAUAAGGAAGGAAGUGGGCUGCAUCUCUGGGAAAGGUGUGAGAUCUUCCUCCUAGACCUGAUGCAUGUGUGUCCCUGUACUGUCUGUUUCAAACAAUCAGUGUUGAUCUUCUCUUAAAAAAGAAAGUAACAUGAUCAGUUAUUUGAUAAGAAGACAUAAGUACAUACUAAGGAAUUACCUAGGGCAGGUAGGAAGCGGAUCAGGAGUCAAAUGCUUCAGUCCAGCAAAAUCCAAGGGGAAGAAACUUGUUACAUGAGCUCUUGUUACAGCUGCCCUCGAAACAGAAAAUUGAGGAUAGGAAAUAGAAUGGGAUUUUAAGUGAUUUUGCCUAAUUUGUUAGCCCUCUACUCAAAGAGUAUAGCAAAAGUGUUUGAUAUUUUUCUUUACAACUUCCUAACCUUGGAGAGUCAUUUUGCUGACAUCCAAAUAUAUAAGAAGCCUGUUGCCAGGAAACUAGUAUUUGGGUAUAUUUGGUCUGUGUGCUUAUUUAGUGAAUCCACACUUUUCUUUCCAUUCAUUCCUAGUAUCUUUUCCAGGUUUUACACGUUUUAAAAUCAAUGUUCCUUUCCUCUUAUUUUAACAGUUCACCCUAAUAAAGGUUUCAGCAGCACACACUAACACUUCAAAACCCAUUUGCCCUUAUUUAGUCAAACCUUGCUAUUUUCCUUUGAGCCACAGUUUUUAACUCAUAUUUUUAUCUAAAAAAAAAAAAAGCGAUGUCCAGCUAGAGCUGUUUUGGGCAGGUGUGUUUGGAGAGGGACAGAGAGUGGGAUAAUGUCCUUAAAGGUCGGAGCAUCCCCUUGUACCUAACUACAUCUCCUCCUGUAGAAGGAGGCUGACCAGAGGAGACAGCUCCCUUUGUGUCCUCCGUGCGCUCUCUCUAGUGCCAGCCUUCAAAGUGGCACUAGGAAAGCACAACACUUUGGAAUGUGGCUUAUGCUUUUAGAGAUUUAGAAAGAAGUAUGUUAUUGAGGCUUAUAAUCUUCAUAUUUUACAUUUUACACAUUUAGUUAUAUACACUUAGCCAAUAAGGAAUGAAUAUCUGGGGAAAUAAAUUUAGGUUAAAUAGUUUUCUUUCAAUGUUUUUAUAAAUUGGUUCUUGUAUUCUAUGCUUGGGCUCCUUAGCCUGAUCUCCACAUAAUCUCAAUUUAAAGUUGAAAGGACGAUCGUAUUUGUUCUAUUCUCACUCUCUUUCUAGCAAAAUCAGGCAAAUUAAAGAGAACCAGACUUUUUAAGUGGGCUAUUUGAUGCCCUGUGAGUGUUUAGUAUGAUAAAAACCUUAUUGAGGUAUGGGAAAUUGAUCUGCCUGCUGUUGAAAUCUGCCUUCUAACAAACAUAUACUUUCUCUUUGACCUUGUGUUGCUGCCAAACCUAAAACAAUUGAAUUUGAGGUAAGGGUGGAUGGAGAUGGAAGUGUAUUUCUUCACUAAGUGAGCAUGUUCAAUGCUGCACCCCAGCUGCCCUGAUACUGCACUGGUUUUCUGUAUUGAGCAUUUUCAAAAUGGGGACACUACACUGAGACAUAAGGUCUCCCUUGAGGAGUGUGGCAUAGUGUGUAAUCUAGUUUCUUUCCAGACUCAAGCAUUUCAGAGCAGUGCAGCAGAUAAGGCACAUUCACUGUUUGUCUGUUACAACUGGAGACUGACCCUUGUGUAUUAUAUUGUAGAACAGUUGCUGCAAUACUACUUGCAUGUCUUUCAUGGUAAAUUAUAUAAAUAUUAUAAAUAUAGAGACAUAUGCUUAUAUAAAUCCAUUCUUUCUCAUUCUGCAUUUGUAAUUUCAAAAUCCUAGAUGAUGAAAUUCCUUUCCUAUUGUGUGCCUCGUGUACACUUUGGCAUUGCCUAUCUUCAUUGUCUGAAAGUAUGUUCUGGGUAUGUGACACCUAAGAUUCCUCUUGCCUUCCAGGUGCAUAGUGCAACAGUUGGCAGUCCUUAACAAGCCAAGGUAUAAGAUACUUAAUUUUCAUUUAGAAAGUAUUUUAAUAGGUGAAAUUUUAAACAGGUUAUGCUUGUAAUACAGGCUCAAAGAUUACUCCUGUUGACCACAUCAUUCUGUCCAUGUGGUUAGAGUGGACCAAUGGGCAUUAUAACUAUGGAUCUGGCAGCAGCUGAUUUUUAAAACAUUUCCUGAAAGUUGGGAGUGGGGAUGAGAUGUAGGAGAAUUAAGAAAUUAUCUCUUUUGUUACAUUAGCUAAAGGAUGCUAAAAGUAGUCAGCUUUAAUAUUGACCUCUCUAGUCAGAAAUGUGCUAACAGUUACCACUGGGAAAGCUAAUACUGCCCAGACUUUUUUUCUGAAUUUUUCUGCUGACAGUCAAAACCCAGGGUGAUGGCAGCAUGACAGAGGAUGUUUUCUGUUUUGGUUUGUUUUCUUCAAUCUUCUAAUGUGUUGCUUCCUUUUCUACAUGUCAUUAACAAACUCAUCAAAAUCCAGAGAACAAAUGGCCUCAUUAUGUGAGAAUAUUUUAUUUUGAAUGUAGGGAAAACAGCCAACCAAAGAUGUUUUUGCUCCGAAGAAAAGGAAAUGGACUAAUUAUAUUUUAUGUAUCAGUAGGUCCAUUGAUUAAGUGCUGUUCUGAUAUAGUGAUUAAAAAACUGAACCAGGUGGUGGUGGUGCACGCCUUUAAUCCCAGCAAUUGGGAGGCAGAGGCAGGCAAAUCUCUUGAGUUUGAGACCAGUCUGGUCUACAGUGUGUGUUCCAGGACAGCCAGAGCUACACAGAGAAACCCUUUUUCCACCCCCGCAACAUAUACACACAAAAGAGAUUAAUAAGCAUAGUUUGUGCUUUUAGAUGUUACAGUUCUUUCAGGUUAGAAAUAGAAGUUGGCAACCUUAAGCCACACUUUUGGAUCAAGAGUAUAAUUCAGAGAAUCAAGCUUUUGUUUUGUUUUGGCUUUGUCAGUUCAUUAUUUUGAGAAAUUUCAGCCACAGAUCAUUCAAAUAAAUAUAAACAGGUUGGCUAUUUUACUUAAGGUGAGAAAUAUGAGCAAAGCUAUAGUGAAAGUAGUGUGAGGCUGACGUUAAAUUAUCUUUUGGAAAACAAGUACCUCCUGGCUUCCAUCUGCACAGAUCAUUCACUCACACCUGUCCUGGCCAUGGUCCCUGGGAUUAUUUCAGUGAGGCGGAAAAAAAAAAAAAACGGACUUAGUUCCUAAAAAUAGCUUAGUUCCUAAUGUUGCCCCCAAAUUUUACUACUGACUUUAGGCUUUGUGAAUUGCGUAAAGUAUCAAAAUCAUACCUAGUAAUUUUGCGAAGCCUAAAUGCAUUUGACUUCAAUGGAUAUUGAACAGAGGAGGAAAUUGGAUCAUGUCCAAUUCAACAUUAAGAUCCAGGUUUUAAGUCACCUUCCAAUGAAGCUGUCUGCAGCCAGGCACUUAUCUCCAGCCCUGGUACAGAGGUUUUUAGUUGCAUGAUUUGCAAUGAAUGUUUUUGGUAAAAGUUGCCUUACGAGUUAAUCAAGGCCUAAAAACAAACAA